CUCUCUCUCUCUCUCUCUCUCUCUCGUAUUAUUCUCUCUCUUUCCAUGAGGGCUUCUCUGUGUCUCUGUAUAAAGAUACUAAAAGGUACCUUCGAUCCCAUUGUUCUUGACAGCAUAACUCUCUCCACUGCAUGUCUCAUCAUUCACUUGACAGUAUACACGCACAUAUAGAAACUUGAACUUCUUUGCCAUUUCUUCUACUUUCUCCGCAUCCAAAAGCUAAUGGUUUGGUCAUGAAAUUCCCACCGCUUGAAGUAACCGAUGAAAAAGAUUAGAGCUUUUCCUUUGAAUGCCACCGAAACAUAUGUUAAAAGAAAUGUGCACGCUGGUGGAGGAGGGUUUGAGAUUUUUCUUGAGGGCUUUGCUUGUGCCCCAGAAAGGCUGACCUGAAAAUAAAUUAUUGGGGAAUUAGAGCUUUAUGUUUUCUGGUUUUAUUUUACUUUUCCUGUUUGGUUUAAAAUAAGUAUCCCUUUUGGUUGUGGUUUCUGAAUGGGGAGUUCGGGUGAGGACCCCAACAAAGGCAUUGACCCAUCAGUUGGCGGGUUGGUAUGGGUUCGCCGGAGAAAUGGGUCGUGGUGGCCUGGCCGGAUUCUUGGCCCAGAUGAACUUCCGGAGGGCUGUUUGCCUACACCAAGAUCAGGGACCCCAGUGAAGCUCCUUGGUAGAGAAGAUGCAAGUGUGGACUGGUAUAAUCUGGAGAAAUCAAAAAGAGUGAAAGCUUUUCGCUGUGGCGAGUAUGAUGAUUGCAUUGAGAAGGCUAAGGCAUCUGCAUCUCAUCUUUCUAAGAAGGCAGUCAAAUACGCUCGAAGAGAAGAUGCCAUUCUUCAUGCACUUGAGCUGGAAAGUGCUCGUCUUGGAAAAGACUAUGACGACUUAUCUGCUAGACCAGGUACACAAAAUGAGGAGCGUCUUGUUGACGACUCACCUUCUUCCUCCCAUCCCAGUGAAGAAAGUGAAGAUACUGAUGAGGAUCUGAGUACUUCUGAAGAUGAUUCAGAUUCAGGCCCAGAACUAUCUCAGUCUGGUGUUUCAUUUGAGGAACCAGAUCACGCUGAUGCAACUAAGGAAGAAUCUAAGCGCUGGAGGACUCCAAAUGAUUCAGAGGACGAUGGGACUGAAGGAGUAAAGCGUAUGAGAGGACUUGAGGACCUGGGGAUGGGUGUAGCAUCAUCACUGAAGAGAAAAAGAUCUGAGGCUGCUCAUGUUCAUGAAUUCUUAAAAAGGAAAAACCGUCGCCGCACUUUGACAAAAGUUUUGGAGUGUACAGCAAUGGUGUCCGUUCCUGUUGUUUGUGAACAGUUGUCCAGUCCAACUGGAUCUUCUGUUCCUGGAGCAUCUGAGAGCAAGGUUUCUGGAUUAGAGUCUAAUGAAUCGAAGAUCAACAACUCAACUGCAGUCAACAACAACUCAGAUAGUACUGGAGUUUCAUGUGAGAAUGCUAUAUCGGUCAACACAUCUAGGCAUGCUAGUGAUGCUUCCCUUGGAUCCAAACCAAAGGAGAAUGAAAUUUCCAGCAGGGAGGUCAUUCCUGAAAAUAGAUCUGUUCACAGCUUGUUCGAUGUGCCUCUUGUUGCUGAAGCAAAGCAUUCUGCAGGUUUGUCCACAAUUGUUCCUGGUGCAUCACAGAAGGCUCAGGUUGGUGCUGGGGCCCAGUCUAGCCAAAGUAGUCAUGUUGAGAACAUAUCGUUGGGAAAUGAGGAACAUAACGAGUCUGGUUCAACCAGUUCAGGUACUGCCGAUGUUCAUAAUAUCAGCCAGAGGAUAGAGAAAGGUACUUCUGAGUGGCAGUUAAAAGGGAAGAGGAAUUCAAGGUCAAGGAAGAUGGAUGUGGAUGACGAGUCUGAAACAUAUGCAGCAGGCAUGGAUCGGGAUAGCUUUUUAGCCAGCUCUAGCCGAAAUGCUGACUCCAAUCGGGUAGGUGGGUCCCUCGUUUCAGAUGGUGGUGGAUUCCAUGUAAAGUCAAGACCAAUUACAGAAACUCAGGUUGAAGAAUUUCGUGGUUGGAGCUGGAAUGCUCCACAGAGAGAAUCUCAUACAAGGCGAUCAGCGUCUGAGAUGGCUGGACCCCAGAGGUUACUGCCCUAUCGUCAGUCUCGUUUCACGGUCAACCCAAAGUAUGAAUCCUACGAUUUUUCCCUGAGGCACCAUACUGCUGGUUCUGCCUUGUAUGAUGUCACUGUGGAGGUGAAAUCCACCUACCGGCCCCAGCACGUCCCCUAUAUUUCUCUAAUGAGCAAGCUACAUGGCCAGCCCAUUAUAGGUCACCCACUCGCAGUCGAGGUGUUGGAAGCUGGAUCGUGUGAUGGCUUACUCGGUUUGACCGAAUGUUACAGCAGCAGUUCUGAGUUGGACCAUAACCUGAACAGUGUAUCUGCUUUGCAAGGUCUAAACAUGGUAUAUGAACGGAGGCCACGCGGACGGCCACCCAGCAAGCACCGGUCGUUGCAGGCACACAGCACACGUAGGAAAACCCCAAAAUCUAGAAGAAAUGGGCUCUUGUCAAAGAAGAUCAGGAAGUUGUCGUCACUGACUGGUUCUCACAAACAAAGUCAAGAAGAUAAGAAACCAGUGGUAGAGAAGCUCAAGGGUCCUUCCAUAGCUUGUAUUCCUUUAAAUGUCGUAUUCAGUCGGAUCAAUGCAGCAUUGAAUAGCUCAAUGCGACCUCCACCCCGUAUGGCUGCAGCAGGCAGUAUAUGAAGUUUGCUUUUCCGGGUACCUAAAAUUUUAUACAAAAUCUUGAGCUUCACCUUCCAAACUUGUGGGUUUGGUUAAAUAGGCAGCCAAGUUCAGCAUUCUUCUUCUGAAACUGUGUCGGUGUACCAGCGCUGUACAUUCUGCCCUGAAGGGAGAAAUACUAUGACAUUAUCACAGGAACCAUAGAAGUUUUGCUGAGGCUGCUUUAGCCUUGUAUAUAUUGUAAAAUUAGUUCAGGGCAUCAACUAUAGUGAUCGGUUGUCAGGUUUAAUAUAUAAUCUGAUAAUGCUUUACUAUUUAUAGACGGACUGUUUUCUGGAAUUGUGGGAUUACUAACUUCUGGAGUUAAGAGAUGAUUUCUUUCCA